AUGGUCACCUGUACAGAGUGUAUGUCCAGAGCAAGACUUCACGACCUCACCGUGGUUCUAGGUCUGUACGACAUCCAAGAUCAGCGUUACCAAAGUCUGCCUCCCCAGUACUUCAGUGUCCGUGAGAUUAGGAUUCAACCCCACUUCCGCUUCUCUGCAUCAAACCCUGACCGCUAUGACGUCGCCUUGCUACGCCUAGAUCGACCGGUUUACUUUCUGGAUCACAUUCUUCCCAUCUGUUUACCGCCUUUUAAUAUGAGCUUUGAAGGACUGAGUGGCCUUAUUACAGGCUGGGGGAAGACUGACUCCGCCUUAAGUAACAAAUAUGGUACCCGAGUACUCCAUAAAGUAGAGGUCCCCGUGAUCCAGAACAAAGACUGUGAACUGUGGCACCGUAGUCGAGGGAUCAAUAUCCGGAUAUAUCCGGAAAUGAUGUGUGCGGGCUAUGAACAAGGCUUAAAAGAUGCGUGUGUGGGUGAUUCCGGAGGUCCCCUCAUCAUGUAUCUCAACAACCAGUGGACACUGGCUGGCAUUAUUUCUGCUGGAUUUGGUUGUGCGGAGUCACGUCAACCAGGAAUCUACCACCGUGUUUCUUCUACUGUGGACUGGAUAAUUGUCAAUAUCCGAUAGCCCAAAAUCAAGCAGCUUUAAUUUGAUAAUACGCCAUCUCACGGAUCAAAAGAAAUCACUUAAAUUCCAUCUUGGUAGAGUUAACUUUACUUCCUAUUCAUGAAUGCUCCGGAAGUCUUCGGAGCAUAAAUAAGCGAGAAUUGUGUUGAUAAUGAGUUAUUAUGGCCACAAACAGUUCGACUCUAGUAUGUUCAUUACUGAUUUGAUGUUACUAGGGAUUUAGUAUUACAACAUUCAAAAUGUGGAGUAUUUCAUCAGUGUUGCUAUAGCAACUGAUCAGGACUGAAAGCUGUUAUCUCGUUUUGAAGCAAUAAAGUUGUAUCAUUUUGUUUAGAACACUA